AUGGCGGUCGUGGGACAGAUUGAGAUCUCCGACGUCAGCGGAAGCAGCAACGCCGACGCACCGAACACCAUUCAGAUGGCUAUUGAUACGGCUGAGCCAGGCGACACCAUACUCCUGGCCCCAGGCAUGUACUACGAAGAUAUCAAGAGCUCCCGCGAUGGUACAGAGGACGCCCCUAUCACGAUCAAGGGCCCGAGGUCGGCCGUGGUGCGGGGAGAUGGUGGCAUGAACGUGGUGUCGAUCACGCACCACCAUGUUCAUCUGGAGGGCUUCUCUAUCGAUGGAUCUGGCGGGAAAAACGAGGACAACAGCGACCUCGAUCCUGACAAGUUCCACCGAAACUUGCUCCACGUGCACGGAGACAGAAGGGUGGAGAUGACAUCCUUCCACGGGCACAAGCACAGGUCGGGAGUGACUGGGUUCAAGGGUUCCAAGCUCAACCUCUCCUAUGCCCGUUGCUCGUGUGUUAUGCUUUCGGACUUCGUAACCCACGCCGAGCUCAGGGACAACGACAUCUCCGACUGCGGGAUAACUUCGACGGGAUGCAGGGCCGGGGGCGGUGGCGGUGGCGGAGAAAGCGGCAGCAUCGGUCAGGGGCUGGAGGUGGGCACUCCGACGGCCGAAGUGAUGGCCGAAUUCGACGGCGUCGUGGAUGAGACAGCCUGGAACAAGGUGGUUGGCAACAGCUUUUCGACGAUCGGCGGAGCGUGCGGCGUGGUGCACCAGGGUGCUCGGUUCAACCUUUUGGAUGGAAACACUUGCACUGGCUCCAGGGAUGCCGACGGUGCCGGAUUCAUCCUGCUCGGCGACGCCAACACGUUCCGCAACAACUACGUCACUGGGGGCUCCGGGGCCGGCUUGGCUGUCGGGGGGACGAACUACGACCCAGAAGUCCACAAGUACGGCGUGUUUAACCAGGUUGACCACAACCAGCUCCAGACGAAUGCCGGGGGCUCCCUUCUCGACGGAGCUCUCCCGCAGCCGUCCGGGGAGGUCUGCCAGAACAGCGUGGAGGAGAGUGCUCCUCAGAGCCUCGCCAAAGAAUGCAGCAUGAACAACAGUCGGGACAACGAGCACGGGAAGACAACGUCCACGAGGGGUGUCUCGAUGAGUAAAGACGACAAUCAAUCCUAUGCCGCAAGAUUCGAGCGCGAGGCGACUGCAGGUGGCGAGGUGGUCCGGGGAGGUACCGCUGGCCCCAGAUGCAAGUAUCUCGCCGUACCUCGGUAUCACGUCGCUCCUUGCGAACUAUCGGAUAUCAUGGAUGAAACAGGGGUAACCGCCGAUGGCGAGAAGGUGGUCAGAGAGGGCAAAUCCUCGGGCAGGGAAGGAAGCGCCGCAACCUCGGUGGAGGUGUUCACGUUCGCGGCUGGAGGCGUUGCGCCAAAGAAGAUCCGAUACACCGGUCUCAGCAACAGGGAGGAUGACUCAGAUUCGGCCGAAUUGGAGUUGGACCCCGACGCUUCGGAGACCGUUGCCCUAUGCCAUGGCACCCCGAGGGAGGGUACCGGGGCGGGAAGAACGUAA